AUGGGUGACGAAGAAGAGCAGGUCUUUGACUUCGGAACCAAAAAGAAGAAGAAGAGCAAGGAGAAGAAGGAGAAGGCUGAAAAGGAGGAUGAACCACAGGAGGGUGACGUGAAGCUCCAAGGUGUAGAUGAUUGGACACCCGGGCCCUUGCACGACUAUGCCGAUUUGCUCAUGCGGUUGUACAAAAUCAUCGAGGAGCACAACCCGACUGUCGGUACCAAGGAGCGGUACAUCUUGAAGCCGCCACAGGUGGUGCGAGUUGGAUCCAAAAAAGUGGCUUGGGUGAACUUCAGCGAGAUUUGCGCCAUGAUGAAGCGCCCGCCUGACCACGUGCAACAGUUCGUGCUGGCGGAGUUCGGCACCGAGGGCGCCAUCGCCGGCACGGCCACCGCGCGCGCCGAGGGACAGGGCGCCGACGGCCAGUUAGUGUUGAAGGGCCGAUAUCAGCCCAAGCACUGCGAAAGUUUGCUUCGAAAGUACAUCAAGGAGUAUGUCACAUGCGAGAUGUGCAAGUCUGCCGCGACCACUCUCCGGAAGGACCCCUCCACACGGCUCACCAUGGUGGAAUGCUCCCGGUGCGGCGCCUCGCGGACAGCAGCGUCCAUCAAGGCUGGCUUCCACGCAGUGACGCGCGGCGACCGCAAGGCCGCCAAGCAGGCAAAGUAG